AUGGCUUUGCAACAAGAGAAAGUAAUGGCCAUUCAACAAGAGGUUUUCAUUGAGGAGAAGGAGGAAGAUAGAGGACCUCCUUUGGAAAAAUAUGCUAAUCAACCUUUCCUCAAGGAUAUGCUUCUUGAAUUAUCCAAGAAGAAGGGUCAUGAUCAAGACAUGAACGAUUUGAGAGAGAUUGGGAAAGUUGUUGUCCCAACAAAGCUUAAGGAUCCAUGCUCAUUCAACCUACCCUGCUCCAUCAGUUAUAUGCACUUCAACAAGUGUCUAUGUGAUCUAGGAGCUUCAGUGAGCUUAAUGCCAUACUCAGUGGCUGAGAAGUUGGGAUAUGAACAUUUUAAGCCUUGUAAUCUCUAUAUUGGCCUAGCAGAUGGAUCCAAGAGGGAUGUGCUUGGAGUGAUUGAAGAUCUUCCAGUCAAGAUAGGGAAAGCUAGAAUCCCAACUGAUUUUGUGAUCAUGAACAUGGACCAAGAGCCAGAAGAUCCUCUCAUCUUGGGGAGACCAUUCUUAGCCACAACUGGGGCUGUAAUUGAUGUUAAGAUGGGAACCAUCAAGCUCCACCUUGCUAAAGACUUCACUAUGAAGUUUGACAUCAAGAAUUCAACACAUCACCCUACUAUUGUAGGUCAGCAUUUUGUAGUAGAGGAAAAAGCUAGUUGUGAAGUUUUUGAGGAUGGAGAGGACCCUAGGAUUAAGGUUCAGCCCAAGCCAAAACUGUCCAAGAAUUACAGGGUUCAGUUCAAGUGCUAG